AUGGCUGUAGUCGGUUCGCAAAGAGAAUCGAUCUGUUUAUCUCAGGAUGAUGUCGUGUAUGCAGAUCAACAAUCUACUUCAGCAUUAAAAUGUCCUAUUUGUCAGCGAAUAUUUUCCGAUCCAGUUAUUACACAAUGUUCUCAUACAUUCUGUCGAAGGUGUAUAUCUAACACAGUACAAUGCCCAUUCGAUCAACAAAUUGUACAAAGCUUUGUCAGUAAUCAGAUUAUUGCUGAACAAAUCGACGCUCUACUCGUCUGGUGUAAAUAUGCUUUCAAAAAGUUUCCGAUGAGUUCGAACGAUACGAAAAAUGAACGUGAUGAAUACGGUUGUCCGGUGAAGAUCGCGCUGAAGAGAAAAAAAGAACAUGAAGAUGAAUGUCCUUAUCGUUUUGUUUCCUGUCCCAAUGCUUGCUCGUUGAAUAAUCUCCGUCAAAAAAAGAUUUUUAGGAUCUGUAUAACCAUCUUCAUACUUGCUCAAACCGACAAACGACAACAGCCAAUGUAA